GCUGACGUAAAUAUUCAAGGACCCUUCAACUCUGAUCCCGUACGCGUGCGCCGAUGUUUUGGCUGAUACAAAUAGUUUACAGUCAAGCGAACAGUUGUUUUUGUUCGUAAGAGUUAAGUUAUUAUUUGAGCUGCAGUAACUGGAUGUUGAUAUCGGGUCGUUGUGGAAAUAAAUUAUUAUUAUUAUUGCAAUGUUGAGUUAAGUGUCUGCUAGCAAACUCGUUUAGGAAGGAAAAAAUGGCUGAUUUCAGCUCAGCCCUAACCAAAGAAGGCUGGUACCUUUCAGACGAAGGCAUAGAGAUUUGCAGAAGCACUUCAGAGAAAGCCUCUGUCAACGACAUCAUCCGUAUUGCACUUAAUAGCGACUUGAGACCUAUUGGGAAUAAAUUUUUGGCCAGUGACAUAAACAGUGGACGAGUGGAGAAGGUAGAAGGGCCAUGCGUCCUCCAGGUGCAGAAGAUCCGGAACGUGGCGGCUCCGAAAGACCACGAGGAGUCCCAGGCGGCUCCCAGGAUGCUGCGGGUGCAGAUGACGGACGGCCACACCAACUGCGUGGGCAUCGAGUUCAAACACCUGUCCAAAAUCAGUAUGAACACACCUCCUGGAACUAAAGUCAAGCUCUUGGGCACAGUUCUUGUGAAGAACGGGUUCUUGCUUCUUGAUGACUCCAAAAUCCAUGUGCUUGGUGGUGAAGUCGAUCACAUGGUUGAAAAAUGGGAAUUGCAAAGGAGUUUGGCGAAGCACAGCCGAACUAAUAUCGGUGCAGAUGGCGGGCCACCUCCAUUUCUCCCAUUCGGACAGAAAUGUGUGACGAAAGAACAGGUUGACAGCCGAGAGCUGGAUCAGAGGAAGACGCUGCAGGUCACCAGUGCUGCGAAAACUGCAGAUGAGAACGAUGAGUUUGAGAAGCAAAGGAUCGCAGCCAUCGCUGAAAUCGCAAAAAGCAAAGAGACUCGAACAUUUGGCGGUGGAGGAAACGCAGGCAGUAAUCUCACCAAUCCCGGUUCCACGUACAAGAGUCGAGACACCUACCCGAGAAGGCGUGAAGAAAAACCUGCUUGGACCGAAAACCGAUCCGAAAACCGAUCAGAUGGGGUGUAUCGAGAACUGGUGGACGAAAGGGCUUUGAGGGACAUCAUGGAAAUGGGCUUCAACAAAGAAGCUGCAAGGCAGGCACUCAUGGACAACAACAACAACCUGGAGGUGGCUUUGAACUUCCUUCUCACAAAUGACAAGCCCAAGCCCGUGCCUGCCGACUUCAGCCGACCACCGCCGCGAGCAAAGGGCAGGGGUCGUGGAAGAGCCAGGGGGGAAGAUGAGGAAGAUGCUGCAGGAGGAAGGCCCUCUGGACCAAGCACCCUGUUUGAUUUCCUGGAAUCAAAGAUGGGGGCCUUUUCUAUUGAUGAGUCAAAGAGCCAGCCACCUCCAAAACAUCAGGAUCAGCAGAACAAGAUGAUUUUCCCAGACACAGACUAUCUGCCCAAAGACCACAUACAAAAUAAAUAUCCUUCACGGAAUGAUGCAAGGCAGCCAAGAAACGACAAACCCCCACGCUUCCAAAGGGACAGUGAGUUCUCCAAGUCAGGCCUGGAUUCUUCGGCCCCCAACCAGCGAUGGAGGGGACCCGAUAGCUCUGGUGGCCCAGACAAAUGGCAGGAUGAGGGCAAGAGAGGCGGGCGGGUGUUCCGUGGAAAUCCACGAUCUCGCGAUCACGCUGGUCCUGGAGGUUUUCCACAAGGGACGAGGGAUCAUGCUGGGUCUGGUGGAUUCCAGCAAGGAUCCAGAGACUAUAUAGGCUCUGGUGGGUUCCAGCAAGGAUCCAGAGACCAUGUAGGCUCUGGUGGAUUCCAGCAAGGAUCCAGAGACCAUGUAGGCUCUGGUGGAUUUCAGCAAGGAUCCAGAGACCAUGUAGGCUCUGGUGGAUUUCAGCAAGGAUCCAGAGACCAUGUAGGCUCUGGUGGAUUUCAGCAAGGAUCCAGAGACCAUGUAGGCUCUGGUGGAUUCCACCAAGGAUCCAGGGAUCAGUCUGGUUCUGCUGGAUUCCAGCUAGGGUCUGAUCAAUGUUUUAAGAAAACUCCAAAAGACAAUGGCAUGCAACCCAAACCUCCGGAGAGCAACUCUGGAGAGUCUGACUUUAAAGGAGGCUCUCGGUUCGACGGCAAGUUUGAGGCCAAUAGUAAAAGGAGAGGGGUAUUUGACAGGCCACAGUCAGAUACUGCCAUCAGAAAAUCAGAUGUAGUUGGUUCUCUGAAUUCCUCCAACUCGUGGGGGAAUAAGGACACCAUUGUGACGCAGGACUUGAACACGGUUGGGACUGGCAGUAACGCGCACAUUCAGAACGGGUAUUCAGAGCAUCGGCGGACUGGGCCUAUUAAACAGCAGUCUGGUGUGACCUCUGGUGACCAGUUCUCCAAUAAAAACAUCUCUCAGAACUCUGGGCCCAGGAAAAGGUCAGGACCAAUCAAAAGUCAAAAAGGCAUGGAGUCACUUUUGGUCUCUGAAUCCAGCGCUCAUGGGCUGAAUAACUGGAAACCAGGUGACCAGUGCCUUGCUCUCUACUGGGAAGACAAUAAGUUCUAUCGUGCCAGAAUUGACGCAGUGCAUCCGUCUGGAACGACAGCAGUGGUUGUCUUCAGCGAUUAUGGAAAUUGCGAAGAAGUCCUCCUCCAUAAUAUCAAGCCUGUUCACAUGGACUCCUGGGAUGAAGAUGUUUACUAUGAGAACUCUCUUGAAUACCGCAGGGGAGGCGACGGCCAGCCCAGGCGAACGCGACCAACUCAGCAGUAUUACCAGCCGCCGAGAGCUAGAGACUGAUACGGACACGCAUACAAACGCUGAUCCUUCGAGGAAAUGCAGCUCGCCUGAAAUCUCAUGAGUUUGGCUGAUCUUCCACUAAAAAAAAAAAAAAAAAAGCUUUCUUCCAUAUUUAUGUGUUCAUGUCAAGACGUGCAACAUUCUAAAAGGGCUUUCACUGUUGCUGCAAAAAUCAAAUGCAAUGAAAUGAAACUUUGUAAUGUACAAAGACAUGAUGAUUUGUAAAAUAAUAAAAUGCGAAAGGUAGCACA